GAGGUUGAAAAAAAUAAAUGUGUUGAAAUAUUACCUGAUGAAUAAUGAAGAUGGUAUUUUAACACCUGAAUAUUUUGGAACUGUAUUUUAGGAAGGUGAAUAUGUGUGCACUGAAUUUUUAAUUUUGUUUUCAAUCAAAAUAUACACACCCAGUGAAUUGCAGAGGAAACUAAUUCAAGCACUGAUAUUGCUGGGGGUUUUUUUCAGUUUGUGUCAAACUGCUGGACAGAAAAAUUCAAGUAUUGUUAUUGCGAUAUGUUUUUAUUCAGUUUAUGUAAUUCAACAUGCCAUUAUGCCUUGAGGACAUUUGGCACUAUUAUACUUCCAUACCUGUCUUUAUGCUCCUCCUCCAAAACCACCUCCCCAUACACACUGAGAACCAGGAAGUCCAUUUCAAAGGAAACGAAACUCAGAGUUCAGUACAGUCUAUCUCUCUCUCUCUCUGUCUCUGUGAGUUCAGGAAAAUGGCCGAGGCCAGUAUUUCAGUAGAUCAGGAUCAGUUCAUCUGUCCAGUGUGUCUGGAUCUACUGAAGGAUCCGGUGACGAUCCCCUGUGGUCACAGUUUCUGUAAGGUGUGUAUUAAUGACUGCUGGGAUCAGGAAGAUAAGAGCGGAGUGUAUCGCUGUCCUCAGUGCAGAGACACUUUCACUCCAAGGCCUGUUCUACGCAGAAACAACAUGCUGGCUGAAGUGGUGGAGAAACUGAAGAAGACUGAAGUCCAAGCUGCUUCUUCUGCUCACUGUUACGCUGGACCUGGAGAUGUGGAGUGUGAUUUCUGCACCGGGAGAAAACACAAAGCCGUCAAGUCCUGUCUGAUGUGCCUGGCCUCCUUUUGUGAAACUCAUCUGAAACCUCACUAUGAAGUUCUUGCUUUGAAAAAGCACAAGUUAGUCGAAGCUUCUGGAAAUCUACAAGAGAAGAUCUGCUCUGAGCAUGAGGAAGUGUUGAAGAUCUACUGUCGUACUGACCAAAGCUUCAUCUGUUACCUGUGUAUGACGGAUGAACACAAAAGCCACGACACCGUCUCAGUUAAAGCAUACAGAACUGAAAAACAGAGUGAGUUAAAGGAGGAGCAGAUGAAAUCCCAGCAGAGAAUCCAGGAGAAGCAGAAGAAGGUGCAGGAGCUGAAACAGACUGUGAACACUAUAAAGCUCAGUGCACAGACAGCAGUGGAGGACAGUGAGAGGAUCUUUACUGAGAUGAUCGGCUCCAUGGAGAAAAGGCGCUCGGAGGUGACGGAGCUGAUCAGAGCUCAGGAGAAGGCUGAACUGAGUCGAGCUGAACGACUCCUGGAGCAACUGGAGCAGGAGAUCGCUGAUCUUCAGGGGAGAGUCACUGAGAUCGAGCAGCUUCCACACACACACGAUCACCUCCACUUCCUCCAGGAAAUAAAGGUUUUAGUCUCUGGCCGUCGCUCUCCUGAAAUUAUUAGACCAGGUUUUCAGUCUGAUCUCCGUGAGGACUCACGCAGCAUCACUGUCAAUCAACAUCUCUCAUUUGAUGGAGUGAGGGAAUCUCUCUCUGCUCUGAAAAAGAGACUUGAGGAAUUCUGCCAGGAGGAAUUCAUCAGAAUCCCUGAACAUGCUGCAGCAGUUCAGAUCAUUUUACCCUCAGAACCAAAGAGCAGACAAGAUUUUCUGCAGUAUUUCUGUGAUCUGACUCUGGAUCCCAACACAGUAAAUUAUUACCUCAUUCUGUCUGAGAGGAACAGAGCGGUGACAAGCAGUGAGAGAAAGCAGCAGUACUCUGAUCAUCCAGAGAGAUUUGACUCCUACACUCAGGUGUUGUGUAAGGAGAGUGUGUGUGGACGCUGUUACUGGGAGGUGGAGUGGAGCGGUGAUGGUGUGUACAUAUCAGUCUCAUAUAAAGACAUCAGCAGGAAAGGAUCGGGUGAUGAGUGUGGGUUUGGAUACAACAAUCAGUCCUGGAGUCUGUGGUGUUCUUCUUCUUCUCUCUUUUUCUGGCACAACAACAUUGAGACUGAUCUCAGAGUUCCAUCAUCCUCCAGAAUAGGAGUGUAUGUGGAUCACAGUGCAGGAACUCUGUCCUUCUACAGCGUCUCUGACACGAUGAAGCUCCUCCACAGAGUCCACACCACGUUCACUCAGCCUCUAUACGCUGGGUUCUGGCUUUACUGGAGUUUAAUCUCUAAAUCAGGAACAACUGUGAGGUUGUGUGAUCCAACAAAAUAAUGAUUUGAGGUGUUUUAUGGUCAGUAAUUUGUCAGUAAAUAAAACUCCGUGCACAUUUCCUCAUUGAUCCCCAUCUGUCAAAUAAAUGUUCAUAUUAAAUCAGUAAAAACACUAAAGAUUAAAACGCUGCAUUUCGACUCGGCCUAGGAUCAUCAGUUACACAUAUAAAGGAAAUGAAAGUGUAAGAUCUGAAUGUAUUCCCAAUGACAUAUAAAAGUUCUACUGAUUUCUGAAAUUAGUGAAGUGAAAUGCCUAAACUCUCUAUAAAUCAAAUCUCUUUAUCAAAUUGGAGAGAAUUUUUAAAGGAAAUUCAAUGAAAUAUUUUGAGCGACAGGAGCAGUGCAGUAGGUAUGUAGCUAGGGAAUCAAAAUGGCCACCUAGUUACACGUUGCAUUAUGGGUACCUGUAUAGUUUGCAGUGAUGUCUGUGAAAGUGAUGAUGAUGAUGAUGAUUUAUAUUAAAAUAUCUGUAUCCAGUUAUUUGCCUAAUCUAAACUAUGUGCACUCAGGGCUGUUUUUGGUCUGACACAGUGGGAGAGCUGAUGGUGGCGGGGAUGUUAGUUUAAAUUAGUUAGUAAUAUUGUCAUUUUUUGCAAAUAAUAAAGACAUUUGUAGACACUGAACAUGAUGUAGACAUGUACAUGAGUCCCUGACAGUAAAAAUUCUGAGAACUUGAUUAUCUUCUGUAAUUAACGAACAUGGAGACCAAAAUAAAGCUUUCCAGGAUUUCUCAGAGUCA